GCGCUGGGCGCGGGCGCGCGAGGCCGGGUUCCCGUCGCGUGCGGCGGCGGCAUGGAGCGCGACUCCGGCCCCGAGGGCGUGCGCCGGGCGCUGGGCCGCCUGCUGGAGGCGGUGCUGGCGAGCCGCGGCCAGGCCAACGCGGUGUUCGACGUCCUGGCGGUGCUGCAGUCCGAGGACCACGAGGAGACCCAGGAGGCGGUGCGCGCGUGCAGCCGUCUUUUCGGGGCCCUGCUGGAGCGGGGAGAGCUGUUCGUGGGCCCGCUGCCCUUCGAGGACGCGGUCAUGGCGGGCUCUCAGGGAGCUACACGCAAGUACAAGGUGUGGAUGCGGCAUCGCUACCGCAGCUGCCUCAACCGCCUCCAGGAGCUCCUGGUUCACCCGUCCUUCGAGGUCAAGGAGCUGGCUCUCAGCACACUCAUGAAGUUUGUGCAGCUGGAAGGAGCUCACCCCCUGGAGAAACCGAAGUGGGACGGCUACUACCUGUUCCCUCGCCAGCUCUUCAAGGCGGUGGUGGAAGGUCUGCUCUCUCCGGAGGACGACUGCUCGCUGCUCCUGGCCCGGUUCCGGGAGUACCUGGAGCACGACGACAUCCGCUACCACACGAUGCAGGCGGCCACGGACACUGUGGGCCGCGUCACCGACAGGCACCCGGAGGUGCCGCUCACAUUCUGGAACAACGCUUUCACGCUGUUGUCGUCUGUGAGUCUCCCCAGCCAGGAGCGUGGGAUCUCCAGCUUCUACGUGAAGCACGGGGAGCUGCCGCGCACGUGGAAGGUCGUUCAUCUGAAGGAGCACAGGAAGGCUUUCCAGGGGAUGUGGCUCGGCUUUCUCAAGCAUAAGCUGCCCCUCAGUCUCUACAGGAAGGUGCUGGUAAUCAUGCACGACUCCAUCCUGCCACACCUGGCCCAGCCCAGCCUCAUGAUCGACUUCCUUACCCGUGCCUACGACGUGGGGGGAGCCAUUAGUCUCUUGGCCUUGAAUGGACUUUUUAUCCUGAUUCACCAGCACAACCUCGAGUACCCCGAUUUCUACCGGAAGCUCUACGGUCUCCUGGACCCGUCCGUCUUUCACGUGAAGUACCGGGCCCGGUUUUUCCACUUGGCCGAUCUCUUCCUUUCGUCCUCCCAUCUGCCCGCCUAUCUGGUGGCUGCCUUCGCCAAGCGCUUGUCCCGCCUGGCCCUAACGGCGCCCCCCGAGGCCCUGCUCAUGGUCCUGCCCUUCAUCUGCAACCUGCUGCGCCGGCACCCCGCCUGCCGCGUCCUCGUGCACCGCCCCCUGGGCCACGAGCUGGAUGCCGACCCCUAUGACCCCGAAGAGGAGGACCCCGCCAAGAGCCGAGCUCUGGAGAGUUCGCUGUGGGAGCUGCAGGCUCUCCAGCAGCAUUACCACCCUGAGGUGUCCCAGGCUGCCAGCGUCAUCAACCAGGCGCUGUCUGUGCCCGAGGUCAGCAUUGCCCCACUGCUGGAGCUCACAGCAUUCGAGGUGUUCGAGCGGGACCUGAAGAAGAAGGGCCAGGGGUCCGUACCGCUGGAGUUCAUCCCCGCUCGGGGUCUGCUGGGCCGGCAAGACGACUUCUGCGCGCAGCACUUCACACUCAGCUGACCCCGUGACUUCCCCGCCCCCCGCCCCAUCAGUGGUUUCGUGGGAGAGCCAACAGGGUGGACUGUGGGCAGUGAGGGGUCUGGGGAGGCGCUGAACCUGUCUCCCGGCUCCUGUGGCGGCCGUGUCCACGGGCUGACGUCCACAGUGCCGGCCCGCUGUGUGCACCGGCAGCCCCUGCUCCCUGCUGCCGCUGGAAGGUGCUGUCCAGGGGCCUCUCCGUUCACCGAAGCCUUGUGGGGGGUAGGCUGGGUGCUGGGGGGGGACGGGCCUACAGAAGUGGCUUCUGCCAGCCCUGCCAGCUUUCCUGGGCACCCCAGACUCCCCGGGGCCCCUUGUAUCCUGGAAGGGUCUGGGUCAAGCCCUCUGCCUUUCCGCUGGAGUUGGACUUUGUGACCCAGGAGCGACAGUGAGGGAUCUCUGUCCUGCUUAGUCUUGGGGCGCACAGGGAGCGCUCAAGCCCGUUCCUGGCCAGGUCCUGAGGAGGACCCCUUUGUCCCCUGAUCCCCGGGUCCCAGGGUGUGUGUCCCCCAUCAGAGAGAGUUACAGCUGAAGGCCGCUUACUGUUCCAUUCUGUCCCCCAGCGGAGUGGGUGCCGGCGGCCAUGAGCCAGCCAAUUAUUUUGGUCCGGUGUGUUCCUUCGAGGCCCCGUUUUUGUCAGGCGAGCCUGUUUGAAUGCAGGUUCCUCUGGAAAACCCGCUUGUCUGGGGGCGGAGGAAUUCCGUGUGUGACGGCAGUUUCCGUGGCCUGUGGGGCCUGGCGGAGGCACAGGUGGGGGUGGGAGACCCUGCUUGCCUGCAGCCUCCUGUCUGAGUUCCCGGCACAGCCCCUCCCCACAGGAGCGCCCUGGGGCCACAGUGGGCUGUUGUUUGGCCUGGUUGGCCUCUAGGGAGCUGCUCUGGUGGCCGAGGACCUGGUGUGCCUGGUGUGGGCUUUGACGGGGUGGCGAAGGAGCGCUUCACCUCUGUAUAGGGUUGUGCGAGUCCGGGACGCUAGCACCCGUCCCCAGCUGUACUGCGGGGCUCCGUCCUAGGCCGGUUCCUGCCGCAGGGCCUUUGCUCUGCUGUUUCCACAGCUGUCCCUUGCGCCGCCCUGCUCUUCAGACCUCGGGCUGGGGGGGCCUUGGGGAGGGUCCACUUUGUGUGAUGGCUUUGUGCGUCCCAUGUGGCACCCACCGCAUCGCCAUGGCCCUGCUCUCCUGCAGGAGUCCGCGGAUUGUCCCUGCCAGCUUGUCACUGACCUGCCCCUUGCCUCAGCCCCGGGGCCCAGGACUUGCCUGGCACAGAGGAGGGGCUCAUGCGCAUUGUGGGGGACUGUCCUGAGGCUCCUGGCUACCAGAUGUCCUGCCUGAGCUUCCGUGUGCGGACACCAGGGGGCCGUGUGGGUGGGCUGAGGGCUCACUGAUUAAGAAACGCCAUUGACUUUUAAAUUAUAAAAGGCUUAAGCAAG